AGUUAUAGAAUGGCCUUUACCACCAUUAAUAGUAUGUUGAUUUUAUGUAUUUAAUAAUGCAAUAUACAUACUGAAAAUUCGUUUAUAACAAUUAUACAAUAUUUAGAAUAAAGUUAAGAUGUAUUUUAACGAUAAUUUAGCAGAUUUAGAUAUGAAAAAUAAAAUUUGAAAGAAACGUUUGAAUAAGUCAGUUGUCAAUGUCAUCGCCAGGUGUGGUGCUGUGAAGAUUUGUGAUGGUUUUAAUUUUCGAAAAUGUUUAUUAACGAUGUUAACAAAAAAGAGGAAAUUAGAAACAUAGCAAUAAAAAAUUUACGUAAAUUAGAUGUUAAACAGCGAAUAAAAUGUUUUAGACCGUCUACACAGACAAUAAAAACAAAAAAACUUUUUAAAGUCCCACUCGCGAAUCUCGAAAAUGAGACUGUUACUCUUAGAAAUGGCCAACAAUUGGUUAUACCUAAAAGGCUGUACGAAAUGUGUUCAUUUAUAUUAUCAAAUGUAGAUACUGAAGGUAUAUUUCGAAAAGAAGGUUCCCGAUCUAGACAGAAUGAAAUAAAGUUAUUACUCGAUAGGGGAUGUAUGUUGGGUAUAGAUCACCACGUAAUAGACGUGGCUGUGGUACUAAAAUGUUUUUUGAGAGAAUUACCCGAACCUUUAAUCCCUUUUUCAUUUCAUGAAUUAUUCUUAAGAUGUUCUAUAAUAGAAAAAAAAAUCGAAGCAAUUUUGUUAGCUUGCCUUUUAGUACCAACAGAGCAUUUAAACGUACUUACUUUUCUCAUGCAGUUUUUUAAUGAAAUUGCCCUUCACGCUAAAUCCAACAAAAUGAAUUCCUACAACUUAUCUCUUUUAAUUUCACCAAAUAUAUUUCCUUUGAAUGAAAAAAUGGCCCCGAAAAAUCAACUAAUGAUAAAAAAAACAUGCGAAAUAACUAAAAUAAUGAUUGAAAAUGCUAAUAAAAUAGGUUUGAUUCCGGAUUCUAUUUUGGAACAAGUUGGAAAUUUACAACCUGGAAAACUGGCAGUUAAAACUAAAGUUAAAAGAAGACGUAGUGCAUCAUUAACAAGAAUCUUUAACGGCCUCAAAAAAAUAGUCGGCAACAAAAAUGACGACAACCAAGCUGUCAAUACAGUCACGCCAGAUUUACUUCUAACUCCAAUACUGACCGUUACAAAAAAGAACUCGAACGAUCACAAAUUUUCGAAACCGGAACCCGGCAAAAAACCCCUCCUCCAACGCAGAUGGUCCGCCAUCACCUCGGUAACGAAUAUGAAGAGGAAAAAGAGGAAUUCGUACGUUUACAAAUCGCGCGAGGACAGUUUGAAUUCGUCCCAAGAAAAUUACGUGCGCGUACCAAAAGUGGAAUACGAAGCGAUCAAAAACCGAGUCAGCGCGAUCGAAAAACGACUGAGUUUGGAAUUGGAGAGCGCGGCGAAACGCGAAUCGAACGUCAUACAAGACAUUCAGACGAAAUACGAAAAAACUUUGGGAAACAGCGAACCGCUCAGUCCCGGCACCGACCAAUUGGCCAAAAGACUCAGCAGAGAAUUGAGGAUCAGAAAUUGCGAUCAGAAGAUGAUACGCUCGCCCAGCGCCAGAAAAAUCGGUAACAUUCGAAGGAGAUCCAGGGAAUUGAUGAGGAACAAUUCGGUACGACGACAAAAUCGAUUCGAAAACGACGACGACGCCCGCGUCAUAGUCGGUCCGAAUAGUUCCGAGGAAAUUUCCUCUUCGCCCGGUAUCUCGGAUAAGAGUUUCUCCAGGCAUUCUUCCUUGAGGAAGGAACGGAGGGCGGUUAGGAGGAGCGGAAAUUCGACACCGAAACGGGCGUACGUCAAACAGAAAUGUUUCAAUUACGAUUUACGGCAAUUUUCGGAGGUUAAUAAGGAAAAUAAUCCCGUUUGUAAUACGCCGGUACCGAUGAUUAAGAAAACCUUACCGGUUAAAGGGAUACCGAAAAGGAUAAGCGGUACUCCGAAGGGAACGGUUAGGAGUACUCCUUUGAGAGUUUUGCCGACGACUGAUUUCAAUUACGUCGAUGGUAUGUGAAAAUAUUCCGUUUAUUCGGAGUUAUUUUUUUAUAAAUAGACCAAAACUAAAAGUAGGUUUGAUUUUUUCAAGAUUUUCAAUAGUCCAGUGUUGGGAAAAGGGAAUUUUUCUUUGGUGUGUACAUUUGGAUCGACCCUCGUACUCAUUAUAAUCGAUUUUCCCAUAAUUUCAUUUGUUUUUGGACGAUUUUUGACCGAGAAAUUGCGUCGUUACACCCUGUACUUUGUUUUUCAUCUUUUACAUCUCUAAUUGAUGCCAUAACCUGAAGUGUGAGUCUUUAAAAAAAUAUUUUUCUCAUUAAUAACUUUUGGAUGGACCCCUGUACUAUUGAUAGACGAUUUAUCCCUAAUUUUAACGUCAAGGUUUUAGAAAUGUUACAUUUUAUACCAUCAAACUGUCUAAACAAGGACUUUUCGCAUUAAAUACUUUUGGAUCGACCCUCGUACUCAUUAUAAUCGAUUUUCCCAUAAUUUCAUUUGUUUUUGGACGAUUUUUGACCGAGAAAUUGCGUCGUUACACCCUGUACUUUGUUUUUCAUCUUUUACAUCUCUAAUUGAUAAGAUAACCUGAAGUAUGAGUCUCUAAAAGAAGAUUUUUCUCAUUAAUAACUUUUGGAUGGACCCCUGUACUAUUGAUAGACGAUUUAUCCCUAAUUUUAACGUCAAGGUUUUAGAAAUGUUACAUUUUAUACCAUCAAACUGUCUAAACAAGGACUUUUCACAUUAAAUACUUUUGGAUCGACCCUCGUACUCAUUAUAAUCGAUUUUCCCAUAAUUUCAUUUGUUUUUGGACGAUUUUUGACCGAGAAAUUGCGUCGUUACACCCUGUACUUUGUUUUUCAUCUUUUACAUCUCUAAUUGAUGCCAUAACCUGAAGUGUGAGUCUUUAAAAAAAUAUUUUUCUCAUUAAUAACUUUUGGAUGGACCCCUGUACUAUUGAUAGUCGAUUUUUCCCUAAUUUUAACGUCAAGGUUUUAGAAAUGUUACAUUUUAUACCAUCAAACUGUCUCAACAAGAACUUUGUUCAUUAAAUACUUUUCGAUCUACCCUUGUACUUAUAACAUUCGAUUUGUCUUUAAUCGGAGUUGUUUUUAAUUGUAAAAAUGCAUUCGUACUUAAAGUAGUACAUCGAUAAGCUAAAGAAUAUGUUUAUAAAAAAAUAUUUUUCUCGCUGAUUACUUUUGGAUUUGCCCUUGUAUUUAUGACAAUCGUUUUAUAUCAAAUUUUUUCUCUUUUAAAACGAUUUUAAACUCGUAAUUGGCUCAAAAAGCUGAAGGAUAUAUUCCUAAAAAAAUAAUUUUUCCACUGAACGCUUUUGGAUCGAUCCUUGUAUUUAUGACAUUCGGUUCUUGUCCAGUUUUAACUGAUUUCAAAUGGUUUUUAACUGACAAAUUGCAUUCUUACUUCCAGAAGUUUUUCUUAAUCUUUUGCAUCUAUAAUAAGUUGAAGGAUAACUGUCUAAAAGACGAUUUUUCUCAUUAAGUACUUCUGGAGCGACCCUUGUAUUUAUUACAUUCGGUGUUUCUUCAAAUUUUUACUGACUUAAGUUUCUUCUUAAUCCUCUCAAGUCUGUAAUUGAUUUGAUGAGUUCUUUGACAAUUUAAAAUUUUUCUUCAGAUUAAUCCGAUUUGAUUAAAUCUUAAAUCGACUCCACAAUUAAUUAAUUUUCUACUAAAUAUUUUUCAACUAUUCCUCACAAAAAUUAUCAAUAUAUAACAGUAACUGUAGAACUGAACACACUGUUUA